AUGGCGUCCAAGAAGGUUCUUAUGCUCGGUGCCGGCUUCGUCACGAAGCCGACUCUCGAUAUUCUCUCCCAGUCGGGUGUCACCGUGACUGUUGCCUGCCGAACUCUCGAGUCUGCCAAGGCUCUCUCGGCCGGCGUCAAGAACGCCGUUCCCAUCUCUCUGGAUGUGACCGACGAGAAGGCUCUGGAUGCAGAGAUUGGCAAGAAUGACCUCGUCAUCAGCUUGAUCCCCUACACCUUCCACGCCUCGGUCAUCAAGUCGGCCAUUCGCCAGAAGAAGCAUGUCGUCACCACCAGCUACGUCUCGCCGGCCAUGAAGGAGCUCGCCGCCGAGGCCAAGGCCGCUGGCAUCACCGUCAUGAACGAGAUUGGCCUGGACCCCGGUAUCGACCACCUCUACGCCGUUAAGACGAUCGAGGAGGUCCACGCUCAGGGCGGCAAGAUUACUUCGUUCCUCUCUUACUGUGGCGGUCUUCCGGCGCCAGAGAACUCUGGCAACCCGCUGGGCUACAAGUUCUCUUGGUCCCCCCGCGGUGUGCUUCUGGCCCUGAGAAACGCUGCUAGCUUCUACAAGGAUGGCAAGGUUGUGAACAUUGCCGGUCCAGACCUGAUGGCCACCGCCAAGCCGUACCACAUCUUCCCUGGUUUCGCCUUUGUUGCGUACCCCAACCGCGACUCCACCAACUACAAGGACCUCUACAACAUCCCGGAGGCCGAGACUGUCAUCAGAGGCACUCUGAGAUACGCAGGCUUCCCUGAGUUUGUCAAGGUCCUUGUUGACAUUGGCUUCCUCAAGGACGAGGAGCAGAGCUACCUGAAGGAGCCGAUUGCCUGGAAGGAGGCCACGCAGAAGAUCGUUGGCGCCCCAUCUUCGGACGAGAAGGACCUCAUUGCUACCAUUACGUCCAAGACGAUCUUCAAGGAUGAGGAGCAGAAGGAGCGCAUCCUGGCAGGUCUAAAGUGGAUCGGCCUUUUCUCUUCUGAGAGCACCAUCCCGAGAGGCAACCCUUUGGACACGCUUUGUGCGACGCUUGAGAAGAAGAUGCAGUACACCGAGGGCGAGCGCGACCUUGUCAUUCUGCAGCACAAGUUCGAGGUUGAGCUGAAGGACGGCACCAAGCAGACCCGUACUUCGACAUUGUGCGAGUACGGUGACCCGAACGGCUACUCGGCCAUGGCCAAGCUCGUCGGCAUCCCGUGUGCGGUUGCUGUGCAGCAGGUUCUUGAUGGCACGCUCUCCGAGAGCGGUGUUCUGGCUCCGAUGAGCAGCAAGAUCAACAACCCGCUCAUCAAGGUGCUCAAGGAGAAGUACGGCAUCGAGUGCAAGGAGGAGAUCAUUGCAUAA